ACCUUGUAAAGGCGGGCCCUUCGAUUCUUAAUCUUUUAAGAUGGCCUCAAGAGUUUAGUGGAUAGUAUUCAUUGAGAAUGAUUCAGUUGAAAUUAUCCGAUAGUGACAUAUGUGAAAGACGAAAGGCACAGUUAAAGGAAUGGUGUGGUUCAGAGACCGAUCAUGCGUCGUCAAAAAUGAGGGAGCCGGAGAAAAUCAAGUUUCCAUUAUCGGUUCAGCUACUUGCCGCAUGUAGUAACAGUGAUUUGGAUGAAUUUUCCCGUUUACUUAAGCUUGGAACGGACAUUAACACGCAAAAUGCUGAUGGAUUAACCAGCACACACUUAGCCUGUAUCAAUGUCGACUUUGAUUUUUUAAAGUUUCUUAUCAGAAAUGGUGCGGAUAUCAAUCUACAGGAUCACGAAGGUUGGACUCCUUUGCAUGCAGCAGCUUCUGUGGGUUGCUGUGAACUAGCCAGAUUUCUAAUUGAAAAUGGUGCAAGUCUCUCCAUUUUAAGUGUAGAUCUAGAAUUACCAAUCGAUGUAGCACAAGAUGAAGAAAUGAUUAAUCUACUUACAGAUUCAAUGAAAAAGCAAAAUAUCGACGGUGAUGCUAUUAAACAUUCAGAAGAACAAAUGCUUUUACAUGAUGCACAACAUUGGUUAUCCAGUGGUCAAUAUAAACCAGUUAUUGAUCCUAGAACUGGUGCCACUCCCUUACAUGUCGCAGCUUGUAAAGAUUAUACUAAAGCAAUGGAAAUUCUUUUACAAAUUCCCGGUUUAGAUAUAAAUGCUAAAGAUUUCGAUGGAUGGACUGCAUUACAUGCAGCAGCACAUUGGAAUCGUGAAACAUCUGCUCGAAUGUUAGCUAACGCUGGUGCUAGUUUCGAUGAGCAUACACGUGCCAGUCAAUCUGUAUUCGAUGUAGCUGAUAAAGAAAUGAUUGUGUUGCUUAGACAACUUCGUGAAAGACAAAGAGCUGAAAGAUUAUCCAGUGCAUCUAAACUACCAGAAUCAUCGAAAAUAACAGAAGCAGUUAAACGAAGUCAUCCGGUUGAAUUAGAGACUGAUGAAAAUGUUAACACAGAUAAUGAUGACGACGAUGAUGAUAAUUCUCUUAUUGAAAUUGAUCAGUCUAAUUGUGUAAAUAAAAAGCCAACUAUUGAACAAGAUAUUUAUUCAUCGUUAAAUGAUACUCCAUCAUUUUUGACAAAUGGAAAAUUAAUCAAGAAAACUGUUAGCAAUGAAGAUAUGGUAUUGAACACUACUACUAACACUACCGCUUCUCCAUCUACGUUAUUAUCUGUACAAGGACAAACAGAGAUACUGCAAUCCGCCACUAUUACUACUAAUUUUAAUCAAUCAACUGAUCAACAAUCAUUUAUAACAUCUUCUGUCCACGAGGAACGAACUUUACCGUCAUCAGACAGUGGAGAUUUUCUAUCGAUCGAUACUAAUAAACCAUUGGAAAAACCUGGGAAAUCAUUAUCACCAGAGAAAUCUCCUGUCGUGGUUGCUUCGACAACAUCUAUAUCAUCGGAUGUGAAUAAUGACUAUCCAUCUUUUACCAGUGGUAAUAAUAAUCGAAUGGAAAAAGAAGUGUCAGAUAAUAUUAUGAAGACGACUAUCCCUGUUUCUUCAUACUCAUCAUCAUCAGCAACAUCCGUACAGCCAGGUAGUACACUUCGUCAUUCAUCACGAUCUCCUCCUUUAACUAUACCUACUAAUAGUGUAUCCGGUCCUAUUUCAUCGUCUACAUCACAUUUAGUUCCCAAAUUGGUAGAAUCAGAGAAUACAACAGAUAAAAUAUAUGAGAGUGAUGAUUUACGUGAAAGUACAACGAAUAAACAUAAAACCGGUAUUGUAAGUAUUAUAUCAACUCCACAAAAUAAACAUCCUGCUGAUGAGAAAUCACAAACUAGUGUACAUAAUAUUACUACUAAUAAAGAAUUUUCAACCUCCUCAACUGUGACAACAACAAUGGCUGCCACACCUACUAUUCCAUCAGGAACAGGACGAUCAAUUACGAAAAUAAUCGCUGUCAAACCUAGGCGAAGUGAUCCACAAAAAAUGAAUGUUGAUGAAAAGGAAAGUGUUGUAUCCGUGAAUAAUACACAAAGUAAAUUAUCCAGUCCUGUUCCUGAGCUUACAACUAAUCGACGAAUAUCUGUUGUAAUGGCGCCAACAAAGUCCGGUGAAACAGAGACACAACGUAGUGUUAAAGCUCGUUAUGUCCGAUCUACUCGACGAUCCACUCAAGGUGUUUCAUCAGAAGAUGUAGAACAGGCUAAAAAGUUGGCUGAUAAAAAUAUCAACGGUAGUACUGUUGUUUCGGAUAAUUCCCAACCAAUGAAUUCUAUUCCCACUGUUGAUACAUCGUCGUCAUCAGAUAGAACAACAUCAACUGAUACAUCGGGAGUUCCAAAUAAUAAAUCUAAUAAGUUAAGUCAUACCUCUUCAGCUUGUAAUCGAAUAUAUUCAGAAAAUCCUACAAAUCUUUUUCGUCGACUCACCGAUACUGAAUUAUUGAGAUCUCGACCUAAUUCUGAAACUGUAGCAGGUAGUGGCGAUACGUUUACUGGCAGAUCAUCUGCGCGUACUGAUUAUUCAACUAACGAACGAGAAACUAAUGAUACUCGAUCUUCAAAUCAUCCUUCUGCUUCAACUGGUCGUCAUGUUAACUUCUCAGGUGAAACAAACAUGAAUUCUUCCACAUAUGAUGGUAAUUCACGACGGUCAGCUUAUAUUUCACAAGUACGAUCUGUAGAGCAUAGUCCUACGUCAGAGAAUAAAACUGAUUAUACAACAUCAGGAGGAGUUCGUGAACGUCGUCAUAUUCGUGAACGUAACCCACCUGAACGAGUACUAUCCAGUAAAUCAUUUUCUGCUGUAUCAGAUAUUUUUGAACGUCGUAUGUCAGAUCAGAAUUCAUCGUAUACUACUAAUAAUUCUGGACGAUCAGAAUAUUCACCAUCUUCUUAUACAAAUACAAAUAAAUUCUUUAAUACUACUACAAAUACUACUAGUGGUACCAAUGCUACCAGUUUUCAAAAUGAAAAUGAUAUUAAAGGGAUUAUUCAAAGGCCUACAAGUCGAUUCCUUCAUCAGUCAACACAAUUAGUUAAUACAAGUAGUAAUUCAAGCUCCACACCUAUAUAUUCAUGGAAUCCUUCACAAAUCACAUCAAAUAGCAGUAAUGUUACCACUGGUAUUUUGAAUAGUGCUCGUGGUGUUCCACAUAAUAAUCACAACAGUAAUAAUAACACUACUAAUAGUACAGAUUACUCUUCAUCAACUCCUACUCCCCGUGAUCACGUUUCACAGUGGCAAGAUUCCAAAGAUUAUAAACGAUUAUAUGAACGAGAGAAAGAGGAAAGAGAACGACUUCAACGUGAAUUAGAUAGAUGUAAUCGUCAAAUAAGUCAAUUACGUCAGGAACAACAAUUGAGAACUUCAAAUGAUCAUAGUUAUUCAAAUACAUCAGAUACAAUGAAUAUUCACAAUUAUACUAGUAGUAAUAAUUGUAAUAAUUCACAAAUACCGGACACUCUCCAGAGUCGACUAUACUCAUAUGAAGACAAAAUGAAAGAAAUUGUUCGUUUGCGUGAAGAAAUUUCCAAGAUGAAAGAAGAGAAUGGCGCAUUAAUUCGUGUAAUCAGUAAACUUUCAAAACCGAUAUAAUCAAUAAGAUUUUUUUGUUGUUGCUUAUCUCCUCUUUCCUAUUCUUUCAUUUAAUUUGUGGUUUGAUUCAAUGUUUAUGCAUAAUUGUGUGAAUCUCUUUAUUGGUUUGUUAGAUUGCCUUUUCAUUCAUUUCAUCUACAUUACUGUUGUUGUUUUUUUCUUGUUAACAGAAAUUUAUCCAUUUUUUUUCUUUAUUUUAUUUAAAUGAAUGAGAUUGGCAUUGUGUGUAUAUGUUGGAUGGGAGUAAAAGUGUUCCAAUUAUAGUCAACAAAUGUUUACACACAUUCAUGUAACUGUUCAUACAAUUCAUUUCAUACAUGAUAGAAUAUUUAAUCAUAGACUUACAGGAAUCAAUGAUUAUUCAAGUCUAGAAAUAUCUGUGGUCAUAUAUAUAUAUGCUUAUAUUCAUGUCAAGUUUUCAAUACGAACUAUACCAUGAACAUUCAAUGGGGGGGGGUAGUUACUUUUAAUGGCCGAUUCAACACUUUUUUAAUUAUACAUAUACACAUACACGUAUAUAUCAUCUAGUUCCUCUUAUUUGUCAUUGUGGGAAUAGCACGACCACAACCGCUACUGCUACUACUAGUGGGAAUUUCUGGAGAUGAUAAUAUAUGUUGUUCAAUGAAAUGUUUAGAAUAUCAUGACUAUAAACUAUCUGUUAAGUGUGUGUAACUAUGCGAAUUAUGGAAUACGUGCACACUUCUAGCAAUAUAUUAUUCAUAUAUCAUUAUUACUUUGUCUAUAUUUCUUAAUCAAUGCGCCAAUCUUUCAAACGUUUCUUUAUGUUCAUAUCAUUGUUGUAAUAUAGAAGUAGAAACGAAAAUCAAAGAAUUGGUGUCAUUAUUUAUGAUGAUGUUGACAAUGACUAAUAAAACUUAUUUUUAUAUUUC